AUGUCAGAGGGUCUUGGUCAAGUGGUGUCGUGGUACAUCUGUUCCGCCGUCGCUACCAUCUUCCUCGCUCUUCGCCUAUGGAUCCGCGUCCGCAAAUUCGGUUCUCUUGCUCUCGACGAUGGCCUCAUUAUUCUGGCGACGGCUUGUCUUUGGGGUGACUUGAUCAUUCAGCAAUAUAUGUGGAAUUUGGGAAUGGCCAACAUCCCGGGUGCUACGCCUGAGCAGUUCAAGAAGUUGAUGCAGAUGAUUGUUCCUGGAUCGAUUCUCUACGUCACAUCGCUUUGGGCCAUCAAAAUCGCUUUGGUCAUAUUUUACAAACGACUUGCCGCGCCCGGAACCAAACUGCAGAUCAUCUACAAUGUUACGCUGUGUUUACUGGUGGCUUUCUGGACUGCCAUCUUCUUCCACAUCAUUUUCCAGUGCUUCCCUCACGAUAAGAGAUGGUCGCAAGACCCGGCCUAUCAAUGUGAUCCGAAACAAGCAGAGAUCAACUACUGGUUGACAAUCCUCUUGAAUAUUGGCACCGAUGUCUUCACCAUUUGCUUGCCAAUCUACAUGGUCCUCCAGCUACAGAUGAAGCUGAAGCAGAAGAUCGGUGUUGCAGCCAUCUUCGCGCUCGGUUUCUUGGUCGUUGUUACAAGCAUCAUCCGAGCCUACUACUCCAAGCGAAACGAAACCAUGUUGACAUGCACCGUCUCCAUGAUCGAGACAGCUGUCGCUAUCAUUGCCACUUGUCUACCUCCUCUACGAACACUCUUCCUCGGCCAAAUGUCCUCUGCACGAUCCAACUCCAACUACCAGCAUUACGAACUCUCCUCGGCGGGCCAGAACCGAACUCGACGAACAAACCAUAGCCGAAUCACCACCAAUGUCAUGGGUGGUACGGAGAACAACGACUCGCAGGAUGAGCUGUUCAAGGAGUCUAUUCAGGGUGUAGGUGGAAGAAGCGCCGCCGGUGACAAGAGCCCCGGUAUCACGGUGAACACCACCAUUCUACAACAUAGUGCCGAGAGCCAAGCGAGGGCAUCUCAGGCCAGGCUUGAUAGCUUUGCUUAA